AUGAGGCGGCGGCCGGGAGUAGCGGGGCUGCAGACGGCAGCAGCAGUGAGGGGGCAGUACCGGUCGCUGGGGGAGGAUGUGGCGAAGCAGCGCCAGGAGUCGCUGCGGCAGCAGCUUGAAACAUUUAGAGGCUUCCUCAUGGACUUUGCUCAGAAGCACAAGAGCGAUAUCCGCAGCAACCCAGCAUUCAGGGCGCAGUUCCACGCCAUGUGUGCGCAGUGCGGGGUGGACCCCCUGGCCUCCAACAAGGGCUUCUGGAACGAGCUGCUGGGCUUCGGUGACUUCUAUUAUGAACUCGGAGUGCAGCUGAUAGAGACGUGCAUGGCAACGAGGGCGGACAACGGCGGGCUGAUCAAUCUGGAGGAGCUGCGGCGCCUCGUGGCGGGCAAGCGCCGCAUGCCGCUGGACGCGCUCUCCCAUGACGACUGCAUGCGCGCCCUCGCCACCAUCAAGUCCCUAGGAGGAGGGUUUGCAGUGGAGAAGGUGGGGGCGACACAUGUGGUGCGCUCGCUGCCUCGGGAGCUCAGCACUGACCAGAACGACAUCCUCCGCCUUGCGCAGGCGUGUGGGUGUGUGACCAUUGCAGACAUUCUCUCUGCCACGUCGUGGCAGCACGGCCGAAUCAACGAUGCUCUUGAUGCCCUGCUCAAGGAAGGCAUAGCGAUGGUGGAUGAUGGCGAUCCCGAUGGUCAACGGCGCUACUGGUUUCCAUGCUUUGACAUCGCCGCACCGACAUCUCUGUAA